AUGGCCCAGGAGAAGAAAAAGCUAGUUCGAGAAUUUGAUGAGAAACAGCGUGAAGCAAAUGAAACGCUACGGGAAAUGGAGGAAGAACUGAAGUAUGCUCCCCUGCCUUUCCGCAACCAAAUGAUGAGCAAAAUCCGGGCGUACAGAAGAGACCUCUCCAUGUUCCAGAGAGAGAUGAGAAGCACAGAUUUGGGAUUGGGCCCUGGAAGUCAAGGCGAUAUAAAAUACGGAAUCUUCUCCACAGAAAAUGAACAGAGUACUAACCUGCAGUCACAGAGGGUGCUGCUUCUCCAGGGAACGGACAGCCUGAACCGAGCCAGUCAGAGCAUUGAGCGCUCGCAUCGAAUUGCCGCUGAAACAGAUCAGAUUGGCACCGAUAUAAUUGAAGAACUCGGGGAGCAGCGGGAGCAACUGGAACGCACCAAGAGCAGAUUGGUGAAUACAAGUGAAAACUUGAGCAAGAGUCGCAAGAUUCUACGUUCCAUGUCCAGGAGAGUAACCACUAAUAAGUUGUUGCUGUCAAUUAUCAUCAUCCUGGAACUAGCUAUCCUAGGAGGUGUGGUCUACUACAAGUUCUUUCGCAGCAGAUGAAUCUUCAUGAGUGAGAUGAGCUUUUUCCGUGGUUGAGGAACCGGAUGGGAUGUCUGUUCCCUUUGAAUGUCUGAGGAUUGAACUGUCUCAUGAGACAGCGGGUUCCGCUGAAACUGUACUGAACUAGAAAGACAGAGAAUGGGAGUAAAAGGCAAAUGCAGAGACAGACUUGAACUACUGGUAAGAUUAAUAAGAAGGUAAUAAAUAUUUUAUUGUCUCAAUUUGUAUAUACGUAACUAAAUGAAUAAAUCUUGGUAUGUAAUAAAGU